AUGGCGCACGUCAACGGUGAGCGCUUGGAGAGUCCCUGUCCCAGCAGCGCCGGGGUGUCUCCUCCAAAUGCUCCUCUGCUGACUCUGAGGGAGAAGCAGGACGCGGGUGAGGGAGAAGCGAGACGCGGAGUCAGCAGAGGAGCAUUUGGAGGAGACACCCCGGCGCUGCUGGGACAGGGACUCUCCAAGCGCUCACCGUUGACGUGCGCCAUGUCAGUUGGCAAGGAGAAGGCCCCUGACUCGAUGGAGCAGGCAUGCAUGCUGUGUCGCCGGGCAGAGGCUGACCCGGAUAUCUGCGGGCACAAACUGCAGAAGCAGGGGCUCUGUGUCCAUGUGUUUUGCCUGUUUUUUGCCAACGAGCUUUUUCAGCAACGGGUCAAGGAAGUAGGCCUCAUGGGAUCUCCCGAGGAUAUUCGACGUACAGUCGAGCGGGCAGCGCAGAAGCACUGCUUCGUCUGUGGCGAGAGCGGGGCCGCCAUCACCUGCCGGGAGACGGGCUGCGACCGCAGCUUCCAUCUCCCCUGUGCCGUGGAGGGUGGAUGCGUCACCCAGUUCCUUUAUCAGUACAGGUCCUUCUGCUGGGAGCACCGCCCGGAGCAGGCAGUGGAGGCGGCUCCGGAGGAGAACACCACCUGCCUCAUCUGCCUGGACCUCGUGGGGGACAGAAAGUCCUACGGCACCAUGGUGUGCCCGGCGUGCAAACACGCCUGGUUCCACAGGGGCUGCAUCCAGGGACAGGCUGUGCGCGCUGGCAUUUCCUGCUUCCAGUGCCUCUGCAGAGACAGGGAUGCAUUUCUCCCGGAAAUGCUCACCGUGGGGAUCCGAAUCCCCUUCAGACUGCCAUCAUGGGAGAGCGGGCAUGCAUACGCAGCACUAGGCGAGAGGCACAGCCGCUGCGAUGCCAGUGAGUGCCUUUGUCCAGGAGGCAGGGAGCGGGCAGAGGAAGAGGGGCCCUGGCAACUGCUCCUGUGCUGCUCCUGCGCUGCCGAGGGCACCCACAGACGCUGCUCCUACUUGAGGAACAGCACGGCCAGCUGGGAGUGCGACAGCUGUGCUGGCCUGGGUACCGCCUCCAGUGCCAGCUCAGAGCUUGCCGGCCCCAGCACUGCCAUCCAGUCAGGAUCGGGCCAGGCAGCAUCGGGGCCAUCCCACAGCUCCCCAGUGCUUGAGGGCAGCAGCUGCUCCAGCCCACCUGGGCCCGACCGCAUGCGAAAUCACUCCCGGUUGCAACGUCGGGCCCCAAAUCCCUACAGCCGGCCCAGAAGAUGCCGUGAGAGCAGCCGCCUGCCAGCACCAAGUGCUGAGAGCAGCACCCCCAGCCAGGCGGUGCUGGGUCCGUCCCACGGCUCCCCGGCACCGGAGACCAGCAGCCCCAGCACCCUGCCAUCGGGGGCCUCCUGUGGCUCUCCAGUGCUUGAGAGUGGCAGAAGCUCCAGCCCCCCUGGGCCCGACCGCAUGCGAAAUCGCUCCCGGUUGCGACGUCGGGCCCCAGAUCCCUACAGCCGGCCCGGGCGCCGCCGCGGGACCAGCCGUGCGCCGUCCCCGAGUGCUGGCCCUGAUCCCCUCCACCGGCACAAUAAAGUUGGCCGUUAA